UACCACCACCGUCUUUGGUCGGCCCCCCAAACUGUAAGUCAAAGAGGGUUUUUGCCAAAACCUGAAUUUUCGAGGUUUUCACUUCUUCACUCUCUCUCUAUCUUUCUUUCUUUAUCUCCAUCUCGAUCUUCUCUCUGCAAAAGUUACUGGGUUUUUCUCUAUCAGCAAUUUCUAAUCUUUUGGUAUCCAAUAGUAUCGGAUAACAUGGAUGAUGACCUAUAUAUGGAUGAGAUGGAGCUGGUUGCAGCUGCUGCGGGCUACAAUUAUUAUAGCAGCUUAGCGAAGCUUCCCCGACGAGAUAAAUCACCGAGUGGUACUGGUUUCUUGGCUGAAGUAUUGACUGGAGAGGAUGAGGUUUGUCGCGAAAUGUUGAGGAUGGAUAAGCAUGUUUUCUGUAAGUUUUCUGACAUCCUUAGACAGAAAGCCAUGUUGCGAGAUACACAUGGGGUUUUGAUAGAGGAACAGUUAGCUAUGUUCUUGAUUAUCAUUGGUCACAGAGAAAAAAAUAGAGUUAUUCAGGAACGGUUUCAGCAUUCUGGUGAAACUAUAAGCAGGCACUUCAAUAAUGUUCUCAAGGCGGUUAAGUCGCUGUCUCGCGAAUUCCUUCAGUCACCCCCGCAAUCUACUCCUCCAGAAAUUCGCGAUAAUAAGCGUUACUACCCUUACUUUAAGGAUUGUAUUGGAGUAAUAGAUGGUAUGCAUCUGCCUGCACAUGUCCCUGCCAAGGAUCAAUCGCGUUUUCGUGAUAAGAAAGGCAUGAUAUCUCAGAAUGUGCUGGGGGCUUCCACAUUAGAUCUGAAGUUUAUAUUCAUUUAUCCUGGUUGGGAAGGCUCUGCUCCAGAUUCUCGAAUACUAAGAGCAGUUCUCACUGAUCCUGAUCAGAAGUUUCCACCCGUACCUGAAGGUAAAUACUAUCUGGUUGAUUCUGGCUACGCAAAUAUGGAAGGUUUUAUCGCACCAUUUCCUGGUACACGUUGCCAUCUUGGGGAAUACAGAGGUGCAACUCAGUUGCCUAGAAACCCAAAAGAGCUAUUUAAUCACAGGCACGCAUCCUUAAGAAAUGCGAUCCAAAAGUCAUUUGAAGUGCUGAAAACUAGAUUCCCCAUAAUCAAGGUAGCUUCUCAAUAUUCAUUCCAGACACAAAGGGAUAUAAUCAUAGCUGCUUGUGUUAUUCAUAACCACAUUCGACGCGAGGAACCGAAUGACUGGCUGUUUGCGGCUGUAGAAGAAAAUGGUGUUGAUGAUUUAGCCGAUCUGGAUGAACAACUAGACAUGGUGCCACAAUCCCCAAUGGAGGAGUCGGCCAUGGCAUUCAGGGACUCUGUGGCAACUGCCAUGUGGAAUGAUUUCAUAAAUAACUGGGAUGAGUGGUGAUCAUCUUUCUGUCUUAUUACUAUCAUUGAUGAUGAUGGUAAUAUGAUGACACAAUUGUUGUUUGUUUCCUUUGCACAUUAGAGUAGAGAGAGUUGUUAUGUCUGCUUGUUUGUCUUCCUCUGUCAAAACCUUUUUUCCUGUUCAUGACUGGAAAUCUUUGUUUGGAGUGGAUAAGUUUUUAUCCUUUUAAUUAUAUACAAAACAGGCAUGGAAUUGGAAUCUAAGCCAAGGAACUAUUUUGUAA